UACCAUCAAGAUCAAGAUGUACCAUCAAGAUCAAGAUCAAGAUCACGGUGGCUGGCCGUCUACAUUCGUCUACAUUUCACGUGUCUCACUAAAACACAACGGUGUGGUGCGUCCCUCGUGACAACGUGUUGCUGAUUGAGACAGAACUGUGUGAAUGCUGCGUUCCAUGGUGCAGGGGCUGGCAUGCCUGCGGCUGCAUGGCAUUGGCCCGGCCCAGUGUGGUGCCCUGAGGGAGGUGGUGCAGGGCAGUGGAGCGGCAGCCAGGGCUCUCCCGCAGCCUUUUGUCCAGCCUGUCCGGACCACCUUCAUCUUGAAACGCAAAAAGCGGCCUCAUUUGGUGAAGACUCACAAGUCUCUAGAUAGCAGGAAGCUGAAGGCUCGCCACUUCCUGUAUGACCUGGUUGAGGACACCAACUCCAGGAAGAAGGAACCCAUCAGGCUCAUCCUCAAGACCUCAGUGGAAGGGCUUGGGUCACGAGGAGAAGUGGUUGAGGUGAAGCCAUACAAGGCCAGGAAGGACCUGCUGCUGCCUGGCCUGGCUGUAUACGCCUCGCCUGAGAACUUGGACAAGUAUUCGAAGCUGAUGAGGGAGACGUCCCUGGACGAUCAGCCAUCCUCACCAUUUGCUCUCAGUACUGCCAAGCUGUUGUCUGAGAUGAUCAUCAAUGUCAGCAUGAACAAGACAAAGCUGUGGGUGAUGGAACCGUGGCACAUCAAGGUUGCCUUCCGCAAGGUUGGGGCGAUGGUGCCUGAGGAGGCCAUCACCAUGCCCCCACACCCUAUUGCUGGCCCUGAUAUGGCCCUGCAGGGGAAAGCCUUUGCUGUCAAGAUCAAGAUCAACAACAAGGAGGAGGCUUCCGUGUGGUGCCGCGUCAACCACUACCCAACCGACCCGCUGGACCGCACGUCAUUCCAGAGCCGCUACUGGGAACUGCCGCCGGACCCCAUCUUCCCAGAGCAGGCCGCCCUGCUCGAGGAGCUGUAUGCUAUGCGCCAACAAAGGAGUGCUGUUAAGGAGAAUCAAUAAAAGCAGGUAAUGUGGCAUUGUGGGAUUCAAGUGUUUUUCUCAUGCCUGUUGUGGUCAGCAGGACAGAAACUCUUCACUCGGCACUGGCUCUGUCUGAUGGCCUCAGCUGCACUGCACUCAGGAGACAGAGCACAGGCUGUGGAGAAACAGAGGUGAGCUGGUCUGGACUAUCCUGGUGCAGAGAAGACAAACAGUGGUACAUCCUGAAGAAGACAAGUAUUUUAGUGAAGCUUGAUGUAAGCCACUGCUCUCACAUUAAGCCUGAACACAAACAGGACUGCAGUCAGUCAACAUCACUUACAAAGGUUUUGUGUGUCACCUGCCAUGGAAAAGAAAGAAUAUUUCAUUGAAGGUUGGGGUAGAAAUGCUGAACCCAUUAUCAAAACUAUAUUGUAAAUGCCAUGGAGAUCAUUCAAGUGGAAAAAGUACUACAUUUCCAGACAUGUUAAAUAGCUGUAAUUUUAGCAGUGUACAUAUUUCUUGAUUAUGUGAGGACAGAGGCAGGGUCAUGCAGAAGCCCUGUAGCCUUGUGUAGCAAUGGUGUACACUGUGCCUGUACAGUAAAUCUUUUGUUAAACA